CUUUGUUUCACUUUUGUUUCUCUAAAAUUUCUUAGAUUUCAUUGUAUUAGAAUUUAACUUGAAGAAGAAGAAGAAUAAAAAACAAUGUGUGUGAAACGUAUCGUGGAAAUUUAUAUCCGGCAAAAGAACUGAAAUUACGUGAUAAGAAAAGGACUUUCAUCAAAGAAUUUAUUGUGAAGUGGUGAGCCGGUACCUGUUGAAGUGAUCUGCGGUGAAGGACGGAGAGAAAAACCCAGAUUCAACGCAGUACCAGCGACUUUCCUGCGCGUCCCCUUGCACCACACCUCAACGCCAUUUUGUUUUGCGUCUCCGGUCGCUCCGAUCCGGAGGCCUUUGGAUUUAAUAAUAUUCUCUCUUUCAAGGUGUGUGUGCUGUGGACAUAGCCAAGGGUGCGCUACUCCUCACAGGGUGUACUAAUUGUUCCGUAUAUAUUUUCAAGGUGUGUGUGCUGUGGACCUGAGCAAGGUGCUCUUAGUCUCAAAGGGUGUACUAAUCAUAUGGUAUAUAUUUUCAAGGUACGUGUCGCUACAUUAAAUGGUCCUUCGUCGUCAUCUUUAGAGGAUCAGCGAUUGAGUACAGUACACCCUCACACACCCGUACACCCGCAAACUGAGCGAUCUGCAUUGUCAUUGGUCAGCCGUGUGAUUGGAAGCUUCGGAUAGGCGCUCUACAUAGACCCUUCGAAGUGUCAGCAAUUUGAGAUCUGCAAGACGAUUAGCGAUUGCUUCGACAUCCAACUCAUGAUGGCUCCUGACAAAUCCCUGGUUUCUCUGAGGCGUGAGCAGCGUCACAUCAAGCGUAGGCUCACCUCAGCAGAAAAUAGCGCCUCUGAUGACAAUCUCUCCCUCUCCGAAUGCCAUCUUCUCGUGGACGAAUUGCAGGAAUUGCGUCAAAUGGGAAGUCAUGUGCAAAAUCAGAUUUUGGACCUUGUCGCAGGCAAUGCCAAGGAAAUGCGAGAGGAAGAGGACUUCGAGGCCACUUUCGUGGAAACUUGUGACGUGAUCAUUCAUCAAAUGAGAUUGAGAAUUCUUCAGGCUAAUGAGCAUAGCCACAAACGUACCGAGGGUUCUGAAUUCCAAAAUGACAUCGCUCGCGCUUUGACACAACAAACCGAGAUGAUGGCCACACAGCGUGACAUCCUGCAGGGAAUUGCACAGAUGCAAAUGGACGUGAAGCCUGCAAUGCCACCAUCUGGAGUCAGAACAAAGCUCCCACAGCUGGAGCUACCAAAGUUUGACGGAAAGUACUCGGAUUGGCCUACCUUUUUCGAUGCUUUCAAAGCAACCAUCCAUGAGAAUAAGGAACUGUCCAAGAAUCAAAAGAUGCAGUACCUUAAACUUGCACUAUCGGGCAGCGCUGCUGAUGCUGUAAAACAUAUGAAGAUCACAGAUGAGAAUUACGAAGUCCUGUGGACCGACCUUCAGGCACGCUAUGGGAAGAAAGUGCAUAUAGUCAACGAAUACAUCGACAAAUUCCUCAGCCAAAAGAAAGUGGAUGAUGGCUCCGUGGCUUCACUCAGGGGAGUCACUCAAAAUUACGUGGGAAUAGUCACCGAGUUGAGGAAUAUGGGAGCUGAUUCGGAGUAUUUCCAACUGGAUGCUUGGCUCAUAUUUCUGAUGAAGCAAAAGAUGGACGCAGAGACUAAGAAAGCUUGGGAGGAAAGCAGGGAUUCGAAUACGUUUGCCUCAAUUGACGAGUGGUUUCAGUUCCUGGAGAAGCGAAUUGAUGCCAUGGAACGAUGGAGUGACAGCAAACCAACUACAGCUGCAGCCAAGAAGCCAAUCAAGGAAAAAGUUGGUGUCAAAACGCAUCAUACAGAGGCUGUCUCUUGUGUCAAGUGCAGCCAAUCUGGGCACCAUCUGUACAAGUGCGAUCAAUUCAAAGCAAUGACCUGCGCAGAUAAACGUUCAUUUGUGGCAGAGAAGAAGAUCUGUUUCAAUUGUCUGCGUCCAGGCCACACGGCGAAGAAUUGUACUUCAAAGUCUACCUGUAGGACUUGCAACAAGCAUCACCAUACAAUGCUACACAUGGAGGAGCCUCAGCAGCAGCCUCCACCUGGGCCUAGUACAAAUCCUAGCCCAAAUCCAACUACAAAUCCAACUCCGAGUACAAAUGCAGCUCCAGUGGUGUCUCAUCAUUGCACUGUGAGCAAGCGAGCACUGCUCCCCACAGCUCUGGUGAAUGUUGUGGACAAAUUCGGCCAACAGCAACAGUGCAGAAUCCUCAUUGACAGUGGCGGUGAAUGCACUUUGAUGUCGGAAGCCUGUGCUCAAAGGCUGAAACUACCCCGACGGCAGGCACACAUUCAAGUCAAUGGCCCUGCACAAACAACAGUGGGAUACACUCGAGGUUCAGUUUCGCUCAAACUGCAAUCAAUGCAUCACCCGGGGGAGAGCAUUGAUGUCAAUGCUCUCGUGUUGAGCAAUCUCACCUCGAAUCUACCUUCAAAGCGCAUCUUGAACACAAAUGACUGGAAGCAUAUUCAUUCCCUGCGUCUGGCAGAUCCGCAAUUUGAUGUCCCAGGUCCGAUAGACAUCAUCUUGGGAGUCGAGUAUGCUGAAGACAUCAAGCUCCCAAACAUCAUCAAAGGUGAACAAGGCACUCCUGUGGCUCAGGAAACUAUCUUUGGCUGGAUUUUGGGAGGCAAACUCUGGGGCGAUUGUGAGAGUGUCACAUCAUUUCACACUACUUGCAAUCUGGACAACAUGCUUGAAAGGUUUUGGGAAGUCGAGGAAGUGAACUCAAAGAAUCCAAUACUCACCAAGGAGGAGGAAUUUUGUGAGGAGCACUUCGCUCGGAAUGUGAAACGAGACGAGUCAGGAAGAUACGAAGUCAGCCUGCCACUCAAAGAAUCUCCAGACUUGCUGGGUGAUUCAAAAUCUACGGCUCUAGCACGCCUCAAAAUGAUGGAACGUAAGUUUGUGCGAAAUCCGGAAUUCCGUGCACAAUAUGUGGAGUUUAUGAGAGACUACGAAGCACGACAUCACAUGGAGCUGGUGCCUCGUGCACAGGAAGUGAGUCUUUCUCCAACUUACACGAUUCCCCACAUGGCGGUGUUGAGACCAUCCAGCACUACAACGAAGCUCCGGGUGGUAUUUGAUGCCUCAGCCCCUACCCAACCUGGAAAUUACUCUCUCAAUGACAUCCUCGCUGUGGGACCUACCAUACAGGAUGAUUUGCUUUCUAUUGUGCUUCGUUUUCGAACAUAUAAGAUCGUUUUUACCGCGGAUGUAGAAAAAAUGUACCGGCAGAUAGGCAUUGUGCCGAAGGAUAGAGAUCUUCUGCAAAUCUUCUGGCGUGAUGAUGUAACUCAGCCCAUCCGGACGUACAGACUCACUACAGUCACGUAUGGAACAGCUAGCGCUCCCUAUCUGGCCACUCGUGUACUCAAACAGAUGGCGCUUGACAACGCUGAGAAAUACCCAGAAGCGUCCAAGGCAAUUCUCAAGGGAUUCUACAUGGACGAUCUACUUUUUGGGGCGAACGACAUAGAAUCAGCACUGAAACUGCAAGCUGAAAUUCAACAAAUUUUGGAGUCCGGAGGGUUUCCUCUGCGAAAAUGGGCCUCCAACUCACCUGAAUUGAUGCGGAACAUUCCAGCAGAGCUGCGUGCUCUCUCCGAAGACGAAGUGACUUCAAAUUCAAAGGCAAUUUCCACCUUGGGACUACUGUGGAAAACCGGCCCAGACACAAUCUCUCUUGCUGUCGAACCACUAGCCACAGCAAAGACAAAGAGAGAGCUGUGUGCUGCUGCCGCAAAAGUGUUUGAUCCAAUGGGUAUUAUGGCUCCAGUCACAAUUACACUGAAAAUGAUGUUUCAACGAUUGUGGCUUACGAAACAGGACUGGAAUGAUCCCCUCCCGGAUGACGUACAGAAUGAGUUCUUGCUCAUCCAACAGGAAUUCCAUCUGCUAGCGGACGUGGUUGUCGACAGGCGCAUUCACUUAGCAAACUCAAAAAUUGUUCUACACGGAUUCGCUGAUGCAUCGGAGAAGGGAUACGGUGCUGUGUUGUAUGCAGUUUCUCAGGAUGAUCCAAACAAACUCCCAAUUCUCCUCGCAGCGAAAUCAAAGGUAGCUCCGCUUAAGUCAACAUCGAUUCCCCGCCUCGAGCUCUGCGCCGCAGUUCUCUUGAGUCGACUGUUCAAGAAAGUGGCUACCGCAUUUGAUGAAUAUCAGCUGACUAUCUUUGCAUGGUCAGAUUCUACAACUGUGUUGCAAUGGCUCCAGCAGCACCCGAGCAAAUGGAAGGUUUACGUGGCCAAUCGAACAUCCGAGAUUCUCGAGGUCAUCCCAAACACAGCUUGGCGCUAUGUGCCAACACAGGACAAUCCUGCUGAUUGCCUAUCUCGUGGUUUGACUCCCAGCGAGCUCAUCAAUCACCAUCUUUGGUGGCACGGGCCAGAAUGGCUCACAAAGGAUGACACUCAAUGGCCCAAAAAUCUUGUGAUUCCGAAGACAGCAACUGGAGAGGAGAAGGCAACUGUUGUGCAAAACCUUCUCACUCAAAAGGAUGAUUUCAACAUUUUCGAGAGAUACUCUUCAGCUUCAAAAUUGAUUCGAGUAGUAGCAUACAUCCGGCGCUGGCGAAGUUUGAAGACAUUGCGUGAAUCAUCUUCAGUAGUGCUUUCCGUGCAGGAACUUCAAGGUGCUACCACAUGCCUUGUGAAAUUAGUACAGGGUGAGUGCUUCAGUGAAGAAAUCAAGUGCAUCAAACGUGACAAACUAGUGGAUCGUGGUAGCAAGCUUUACAAACUUUUGCCUUUCAUUGAUGACGAAGGAGUGCUCAGAGUGAUGGGCAGAAUUCACAACGCAAAGCUGCAAUACAAAGCACGUCAUCCGGCGGUGCUUCCUGGCAAACAUCGCUUUACCAAAUUACUCAUUGAAAGGGCGCACAUUACGCAUCUACAUGCUGGACCUUCAUUGUGCCAAGCCAUUAUGAGGCGCCAGUAUUGGAUCAUCCGGGAACGAGAAAGUGUGCGAAGUGUGACUCGUUCGUGCAUCAUUUGCUUCCGCGCAAAGCCCAAACUUGAGGAACCAAUGAUGGGCAGCCUUCCUGCAAUGCGUGUACAAAAGCAGAGAGCAUUCAAGAAGACAGGAUGUGAUUUCGCGGGACCCUUUCACGUGAAGGAAAGCAAACUACGUAAAGCUCGUGUGACAAAAGCAUACAUUUGCCUAUUUAUAUGUAUGGCUACAAAGGCGAUUCAUCUCGAGGCGGUAAGUGAAAUGACAACAGAAGCUUUUUUGGCAGCUUUGCGUAGGUUUCGUGCACGGCGAGGCUUCCCUACUGAUCUCUAUUGUGACAACGGUACUAACUUUGUUGGUGCCGUGGAAUCUGCUGACAAGAAAGAUCGUCCCAAAGAACUACAGAAGCAUCAACACAGUGUGAUCAAGUUCAUGUCAGAAGUUGGGACUCAAGUACACUUCAUCCCGCCGUAUUCUCCGACGUUCGGUGGCUUGUGGGAAAAAGGAAUUGGUGGGACGAAAUAUCACUUGAAGCGUGUGCUAGGAGACACGGUUCUUACUUUCGAAGAGCUAUCUACAGUAUUGGCGGAAAUAGAGGCUGUGCUGAAUUCCCGUCCAUUGUGCCCUCUAUCGGCGGAUCCUGACAAUAUGGAUCCAAUCACUCCAGCUCAUCUUAUGGGACUUGAAGAGCCUCUGAUUUUCCCACCGGAACAAGAUCUGCUGGAUCAACGGCCAAAUUCUCUCAGUCGCCUCGACCUCUGUCGGCGCAUGGGGCAGGAUUUUUGGAACAAGUGGCACGCAGAGUACAUCACGAGUCUUCAGCAAAGGUCGAAAUGGAACAAACAAUCUGAGAACCUGAAGAUUGGAGAUCUUUGCCUCAUCAAGGGAGACAACUUGAAGUCUGGAGAGUGGAAGUUGGGACGCGUGACAGACGUAGUAGUAGGUAGUGAAGGAGUCGUUAGAAAGGUCACGCUCAAAACCGAAAAGGGAGUAACAUCCCGCCAUGCAAACAAGCUAGCUAAGCUACCAUUGGAGUGAUUUAUUCUUAUAUUGUAUUGAGACUAGCUCAACCAGGGGAGAAUGUGGGCGCGCGGCCCACAAAAUUUGAAUUGCGGGAAAACUUUGUUUCACUUUUGUUUCUCUAAAAUUUCUUAGAUUUCAUUGUAUUAGAAUUUAACUUGAAGAAGAAGAAGAAUAAAAAACAAUGUGUGUGAAACGUAUCGUGGAAAUUUAUAUCCGGCAAAA